GGAACGACGACGUGUUACGCCAGAGCGCUGAGACGGCCAAGGAAGACAGACGCGAGACGCGCGAGACGUUGGUCUGUCCCCGUGAGUGAGUGUGUCCCCCCGGCGUGUGUGUCCGCCGCCCGUCAUGGCCCAAGCGGGUCCAGCUUGCCCGCGUGAAGACGGUACCAACUUUGGUGGCAACAACACUCUGACGAAAAAGGUCGCUAGAGGCUAGGCUAGUGCGAGCCAAAGUGGUAACGAAGAAGAAGAAGAAGACACGCUCCUGUGGAAGUUACGGCAAAACACUUCCGGGAACCCGCGAGGAUACACAGCGCACACCUGUCGAACGUGUCACCCGUCAAGUUGUCGCAAGUUCUGGAGUUCUAAGGUCUUCUGGCUGAGCUGUGUCCCCCCCACCAAACGCGCGCGUGAGUGUGAGUGAGUGAAGAACGGAAUCAACAAAGGCAAAACCACUACCACCAGUCGGGUGCAGCCAGUGUUCAGUGUGGUGUUCAGCGGAACCGGAGAUAGUGAAGAACGCGUGAAGAAGUGAGUGCGAAGCGAGCGGAAGAGGUUCUAUUUUUAUACACUAACAAGUCCGGGCUUGUGCAAGAGGAAGAAAACGCAAACACACACACCAACAGCGUUACGCCGUAACGCCAGGAAGGAAAAGAGCAAGAGUUGUGUUGUGUGAGGCCCCCCCUCCGGUUGAAGAAGCUCCGGUGCGAGAAAAGAGUGUGUGGUUCGUGGUGAAGAAGAAUCAAUAUCUAGGCGCUUGCGGGAGUUGGUCGUGUGUUGUUGUCGUGGACAAAGAAGACCGUCCGCGCGGUUCAGGUGGUCACACCAACACACACAAUCAGGAUAACAACGCUGGCAAUCGAUAUCGGAAGUGUGCGGAGAGGAUUCACUGCGAGGUUGCGCCUAAAAAUAGACUGCCGCGAGGCGACCUCUGGUGUGAGAAAAACGGGAGGCGCGCUCACCCCCUUUUGAACCUGUUGAUUAACUUAUUACGCGAGUUUGUGCGUGCAAGUGCGUGUGUUUUCGUGUGAAAGGCGCAAGGUUACCCCACCCGGUUGACCAACUCUCUAUUGUACAUAGACCCCCAACCCCCCCAAAGCGCAAUGUUCCGCGAGGUUCUGCCCAUUCUGGCGUACAUGAGCGUCCUGUCCAGCACGUACUCGCUGCACAUGGCGCGGGACGCGUACCUCAAGGCACCGCCCCCACCCCCGCCCGCCUCCGCCCAGCAGCUGCUCGAAGAGCUGGACGACAUGUCCGAGCUGCUGGCGGCGGAGAACGCCAUCCCGGCGGCACCCCCCAUCCCAAACAACAACCCCCACCAGCAGCUGCUCCAGCAGCAGCAACAGCUGGCCGUCGGUGCAGCGAUGCAACAGGCUCACCUCGGAAUCGCCACGUCCUCCGGGGCCGCCUCCGGCGGUCCCCACGGCGUCGUCAUCAACCACCUCACCAGUAACGAACUGCCCGAGCUGAGUCCGCCGCCGGUGCGCCACCCCGUAGGUCCCCUCAUCCAGCCGCGCGGUCUCCAGGAGCUAUUCGGCGUGCAGAACAACUACGUCGGCCACAACAACCCGCACAACGCGCAACAGAACCGACCCCAGCAGCAGAACCGGAACGCCGCCGAACUGGUCGGCGACGAUGACGACGAGGACGGCGCGGAUCAACCGCUAGAGCAGCGAAAUCCCGCCAACAACAAGCGAUCGUCCUCGUCGUCGUCGGCGAGCUCGUCCGGAUCGUCCGGGGACAGUAGUGGGCAGAACGGAGGAGGAGCUGCGGGAGGAAGUGCUGGUGGCAUGCCGUCGAUUCCGCACGGCAUGGCCAGCCAGCUGAUGCUGCGCAGUGCCCGCGGACAGCGGCAGUACGACGUGCCGCAGAUCGAAUGUCCACCCGCGAUGGACGGGAUGGAGCGAUUUGCGUGUCCCACGCCGGACAGACAGGGCCGGUAUCGGUGUAUAGACGACCACGUGCUCUGCGACGGGUUCAUCGACUGCCCCGAGGGCGAGGACGAGGACCGGCAGGCGUGCAUGUUCUACAAAACGACGAAGGCACAUCUGGACGUGCUAGCCGAUGCCCUGUUGAGAUGGGCACGAGGACGUUAAGAACACCGGGCAGCAGCAAUAGCAUGAGAGCAGCACAGGAAGAACAAGUGAGAGGAGUGAGAGCAUGAACAAAGUCAACUCAAAGUAACAACAACUAAAGGAAACUCUGACACGCGAAAGGAGAGAUAGAGCAAAAAAGGUGGGAAGUUUAAACGGAGAGAAGAAAAACUGUAAAUAGACAAAACAAAACACAAUACACGAGACAAACACUCCCACAUACACGUACAUACACACAGAGAAACAGAUAAAAAUAUAUAUAUUUAUUAAGGACACACAAACACACACACUCUACCGAUUGGCAGUAGUAGACACAGGAUCAAGCGAAAAACGAUAAGCUGCCAGCCGCGCGGCUGACAGUUAAACGAUAGGUGCGCGGCCCCGGCGAGGUUAUACCAAAGAAAACAUAAAACUGAACAAAGGCAAAACUGAACACAUACACUGUAAGGGUACAUAGAUGUGUGUGUAUAAGAGACAACCAAAACAAAACAAACAAACAAUGAGCAAACUUUAACCAAAAGUAAGUGUAAUUUUUCCCGUUUGGUUUCCCCGUUUCAAAUCAGUCACAAGAAUACCUACUCCAGAUAGAGCAAAACGUGCGCGCGCGAGACGGAACACGAAACGAUCAAAACGAUAACCUGUCCGCCCCUCCCCCUUCUCCCCGACGUUUGUUUUGAUUUCCUUACGCGCUCACUCACACUGAGGCAGUUAGUUCCGAUUGUUUUCUCGUUUUGCGUCACAACAACAGCAGUAAACAGAAGAGCGGUGGAGAGACACUUGUAUAGAAAUUAAAAUUAACAUCCAAGAUCGUUACAGUUAAUGGAAUUAAGUCAAAGACAAAAACAAAAAUCUUGCAGAAAACUAUUCUCAUGGACAAGGCAGCUAUAUUGUAUAGAUAAGUCACAAUUUUAACAAGUAAAAAAGUAAAAGAGAAUCCAACCUUAGUCAACUAAAAGGAUAAAGAAGAGCAAACACACAAACACACUCGUAGGAGGUAAGAACACUCACACCAUCACACAAGAACACACAAACACAUUGUUAUAUCUCUAUCUUCAAGAACAAACGCUCGUGUAUUUAGGAGAUACCAAAACAAGAACAAAACUAUCGUGUAACAACAUUCCAAGUAUACACACUUUACGAGUAAACAAAAACAAAACACUGAAACAAGUGUGCGCACCUUAACAAAACAAAAACAGCUGCACGCGGUAGCGAGAGGUUUGUCACUUGCCAAAACCAAAACAAACAAACAAAAAUCGAAAAGGGCCUCUCGCACACCAACAACACUCACACAAAGAAAAACAACAACAAAGGUAAACAAAGAAAACAAAAAAAAAGUCCGCGAAGAUCUUAUUUUAGUCAAAGUUUUAGUUACUAAUUCAAGCGUUCUGUUCCAAACGAGGGAGAGACAGCAGGUCGUCUUCUACUGUAAAUAGCAGCAAACAAACAAACAAAAAAGUAACAAUUACAUAAGCAAAAACGCGCAAAGCGCGCACGCACGCGUGCUCCAAACGUCAAAAGUGACAGCGCGCGCGUGCGUGCGCGCCCAGUCACACGUCAAACAUUCCUUGUGUAAAAAACAAAACAACUAACUUUAAGGCGUUAGGGAAAGCUCGCGCUCGCACACUUGAUGUGUGCCGCGUGACAGAUAAACGAUAAGAAGCGAAAUCUCUAUGUUUUCACGUGAUCCUGACCCCUGGUUCGGGUUUUGUUUUGUUUUUAUUUAUUUUGUUCACACCGUCACGUUUGACAGAUCGGCGUGAGUGCCUGUUUUUGCGGGGAACUCUUAAAGAGAUCCCCGUUUGAAAAAGGGUGGAAAAAUGUAAACAAAUCGUGAUAAAUGAUCCCCUGGUCAGCGCUGCUCGCGCAGCUGGAAGCACUGCUAGCUUAGGAGGAGCGCGCUGGCAACCGUUGUUGAGAGCUAGGUUAAAACGGAAGCGCAAAACUUUCAAAACUUUGACUGAGCAAAAAAACAUAAAAAAAAGUGGUUAAUGUUACUAGAGUGAAACAAAGUAAACAAACGAAAUAGGUGUUGAAUAUUGUAAUUUGACGGAACGUCAACAGAACAAAAAAGGGACAAACGCGCGUGUGUGCGAAAACAUUAGGAGAAGAUUAUUUUUAAAUUGUUUUAUUUUGAUGUUUCCGAGCGAGAAACGUAGCAGGAAAGCAAGUGUAAAUGGCUGUACAGCUGUACCAGAGGAGAUGGCAAAAAUACAAACAACAAAAAACCAAAUGUAAACAAUCAACUGUAAAAAGAAAUUUUAAGAUCAUACACACACACAUUGAGAGAAAAACACAAACAUUGGUUGUGCAUAAGAAGCGUUCAGUCACCUUACGUUCCAUCUUUCAAUUUAUGAACGACUAAAACAAAACAAACAAAAAAACACUCACACACACAUACACUCGUAACUCAAAGGAAUGCACACAAACAAUUAAGAAAAAGUCAAGAAAAUAUUUAAAUUCAAAAUAAUAAAAAGCAAACACGAAAAAAGUAUAAAUGUCUAUUUGCACAAUAUACCUUUACUGAGAAACAAAACAAACAAAAACAAAACACGGAGAACAAAUUUUAAAACCAAAGUAAAAAACAGCAAACAGCAAGAAGAAAAUAAGGAUUAAAAAACUCAUAACAAACACCUCAGAAAACAAUCUCUCCUUAAUGUCAGUGUUAAUUUAGGGCAAAAAGCAGAAUAAGAACAACUAUCUCAACGAUUCGAAGAGCAAAACAAACUGUACUAUUGUUUACAUCCAGAGCGGUGACAGCGCGAGCUGUCAAAAUUCAGAGGAAGAAAAGAAAGCAAACAAGCGCCGUGCGAGAUUUAUUUGAAUACCCACCUUUAGGUUAAUUUUUAUCGUCUUUUUAAAGUUAACAAAAGCAAAACAAGCAAACAAAAAAGUGCAAGCAAAGCUGUCAAUAUGGCCAGUUGAACAAAAAAACAACUAUUAGCAAGUUAGCGAAACAUAAGAAAUGUCAAAAGAAAGUUUCAUUUUUUUUACGUGACAUGCCGCAAUUCGCAACAUAAACAAAACAAACUGUCAUGACGUCAUUUUUUCACUUUUGUUGUUGUCUUUUUAGUUUUGUUUUUAUUACUUUUUCGCGAUUUAAGAAUAACUUUUCAAAAGGGCGUGAUCUUGGAUGUAAACAUGCAGUUUAUCUCGCUCACUCUAGUGAAUGUUUACAUUGAGUGUGAGCGGGAUGCGUUGCUUGUUUACAUUCUAGGAUUCGUCUUGUUGACGUUUGUGAGCAGUAACAUAACCUCCCGUUUGGGCACCCUCAGCAAACGUCAAACCAGUACGUUUUUGCCUUUCUUAGUAAUUUUGUUACGUCAUUUGGGAACAUGUCAUUGUUGUCUUUUUUGUUUUGUUUUGAUUUCUUCACUGUGAUUCAAGAGGAAAUUUUCAAAAGGGCGUAAUCUUGGAUGUAAACAAACAGUUCUUCAAACCCACUCUAGUGAAUGUUUACAUUGAAUGUGAGUGGGAUGAUCUGCCGGUUUACAUCCGAGGAUAAGUAUUAUUUGUAGGAUCUAUCGACCUCUGCAAACAGAGACAUAACCUCAAUUUUCGACACCCUUAGCAAACGUCAAACCAGUACAAGUUUGCUGUCAGAUCUUUUUCGGAAGCGAUUUGACGUUUGCUGAGAGUGCUGAAAAGUGAGGUUAUGAAACUACUUGCAAAUAACAAGUUAAGUGUGCAAAUUUCCAGAAAGUCUUUUGAUGUAAACAAACUGUUCAUUCGGCUAACUCUUUUGUAUGAUUAUACUGAGUACGAGUGGGAUGAGCUCCUUUCAUUCGAGUUUACGCCCUUUUGCAAAGUGCAAAGCUGCAGAAAUUCUGCAAAAGGCUUCUUCGUCGAAUUAAAAAUCAAAGUUUAAUCAAAUUCUAUACAGAAACUUUCCUUCCGAUUGCAAUCAAAAACUUCACUCCAUCUAUUUUUAAAGCAUUUAUCGCCAGCAAAGUGGCUUCCCUUUUUAAAAAAAAGUAAGGGGUGUGGAAAAUUGAGCAUCAGGUAAAGCCCACAAACUAUCAUCAAACUGUUGCUUGUUCAUUUCACCGCCCUCCUCCACCCCCCUUAAAUUCCACCAGACGCCAGGUGUAAUUCCCCAGCUUUAUUUUCACUUUGCAUGAAACGAGAAUUAAAUGUUUAUUUUUAGAACCCACGCCGAGAUUCGAGAGGGCCUCUCGACGAAGGGCGCCCCGUAAUUCGAUAAGAUCGGCGAACCUCUUCUCCGCCACUCGAAUUGCCCAAGUGGGCACCGUGGCACGGGGUGACUUUGACUGGUUCUCCGAUUUUUUCUUUAAUUGGUUUGAAUUGAGUCGGAACACGUCAAAAUUCCGAUUCGCCACCAGAUGUCACUGCGACAUUGUCGCCCUUCGGGCGUUUCGCCUACACCAAGUAUACAUUUGGGCGUUUCAACGGUCGAAAGUUGCCACCCUUUUUGAUUCAACUUGCAGGCCCUCGGCGCAAAAGGAGAAACUUUUUUCCCCAUUACUGCCGCGGCGGCGGAACUUCAACAGGCUCAACCCCCCUCAAACCGUUUUCCCGCAAUUUCACCGAGGCGAGGAAAAACAUACAAACGAAGAAAAGAAUAACAAACCCAGCACCGAAAUGAGGUCAGUUGUGACGUCAAAGCGUCAGAUUCAACGGAGAGAAAAAAAAACUCGCUUCUGUUUUGCUGCCUCACUCUCGAGCUUUGUGGAAAAUGGGGAAACUUGAAACUUGAAGAUUGCGCGCGUUCCUUCAAAUUUGGCCUUCGUCGGCGGGAGGAACUCUUGACACUCGCUGGUGACAUGAUUCCAGAUUUUAUUGUUUGAUUUGUGCCUUGUUGCACUGAAAGAGUGAAAGUUUGAGCUGAAAACUCGAAAAUUAUGCCUUAAAAAUGUUGGAAAUCGAUCACAAGUUACUUAAAAUGAUUUUUCCGACUUUUAUCGUUUUUAUCGUUUUUCAUCGUUUUCAUGCCUUUCGUCACAAAUUCAUCAACUACGCGAUUUUGACUCACAAAAACUCAUUUAAAAGCUGCAAUUUUCAGUUAGUUCACCUAGCAGUGUGCCGCAAGCCAACAUAUAUGUAAUGGACUUUAAAUUUCUUAAAAAAGGGGUUCGUGACCAGACUCGAACCCGGCACCGAUCGUGACACACUGGAAAAAAAAGUAAUCAACACAGCUAACAAACGAACUACAACGCCAUUUUCAUAGCACGAGAGCCCAUUUGAGAAAGAGGAAAUCUUUUUCAGAUCAAGUGGAAAAGAGGAAAGAGAGUAAAAUAUUUAAAAAAUAAAAAUCCCAAAAAGUAUAUUAAAGAAAAAACAAAGAAAAGACUGACUUAGUGCGACCGAAAAAAAACCCUAAUAAUUACCAAAAAAAAUAAAAGUAGUUAGCGAGAGAAUAAAAAUUAACCUAUCGACCAUGGGUAUUUGAAUGAGUUUCCCGGUGUGUGUGCUUCUGUUUUCUUCAAGUGCAUGCAACAAGGAAACAGACCGACAGCAAAUCACACAAAAAGCAAAAAACGUCCCACAUACUUCACUUAGCAAUAAAUUUCAAACUUAUCAGCAACAAUUUAAGAUACCUUAAAUUUACAGUCGGAAAAGAGAGAAGAAAAAAACUAGGCGGGACGAGCUGGCUCUGCACAACGAGAAAGUCGAAACUAACGUAACUUUAACGAUCUUCAUAUCGAGUGUAUUCGUUGUGUUUUUAAGUAUUUCUGUUUUUCGAUUGGAAACGGUGCAACAACAGAGAAAAACUGAAAGUUUAUCUAACAUAAAAGUAUUAUUUAAUAAGCGAGCAAAAACCCCUAACCUGUAAAAAAAAUGGUAAAAUGAUCAUAAGAGCAACACUUCGAAAAGCAAAUCAAGAAAAAAAAUCAUAGAAAAGCUGCUAAGCGAAAAAGCGAAAGAACGAAAGAACUAAGCAAAUGGGCUCCCGUACUGUGAAGAGGUAAAAUCAAAGUGGAAAAGUCAAAAAGGGAAAGUGAAUCAAACAAAAAGUGACGAACUUAACACUAUUCAAGCGUCCAGAUGAAAAGUUAAAAUAAAUAAACAAAAAAACCGCGCCGACUCCAACUAGGGAAAGGGUAAAACCAUGUCGAAGACAACGUGUAAAAUAAGACUAGGAAAAGGGACUUGGGAAGUGGCCAGGAGUCGGUGACGUCACCAAACAGACACACACACACACACACACAAACUUGAGGAAAUAAAAAACAAAACUUGUUAAUAUCGCCGUCGAAUGGAAAUAUUUGUUAUUUAAAAAGUGAAACACAAAAAAACAACAACACACACACAAAAGAAGUAUUUAAACAACAGCGUACGCGCGUGUGUGCGUGUGCAAAACGCAGCUAAAGAAGAAGGCACUAAGAAGAAGAAAACCCAGAAGAAGGAGAAGAAACCUUGCAGCUAACAAAAAAAAAGAAGAGAAGAACACAAACAAAAGCUGGAAAUAUAUAAAAUAAUUUAGAUAUAAUAAAUAUAUUAAUAAAAUAAGAACAUUA